UGUUUAUCUCUCUUCCUCUUUUCUUUUUCCAAAAAUCACAUCUAAACGAAACCAUAGAGAAUCAAACAAACUGUUUUUCCAAAAAAAAUAAAAUUGAAAGGCUUUUGUAGAAGAGAGAUAUGACAAAUGGAAGAGUAUUAGAGAGUUCGCCGGUACAUCACCUCACGGCGGCUAGAAACCCUAAUUGGUGGAACAAAGUAAGUGGCGGUUUGAUGCCACCACCACAGCCGCAGCUGCCUCCGUGUACCGCCACUUAUCUUCGUCCGAGUCUCUUGCCCAACUACUUUCCUUCUCCGUCUUCUUCUUCUUUUUCUCUGCUUCCUACUAGUAACCCUAACUUAUGUUCUUGGCUUGACAAUAAUGACGAUCCGCCUCUUGACCAGCCAUGGAGCCUUAGCCAACUCCUCUUGAGUGGAUCGAUGAUGGGAGACGAAGAAAGCAUGGAGAUGAUGAACCAUCAUCAUCAAAAUCAACAGCAUAGUUACCAAGCGAAGAAGCAGAAGGAUUGGGACGAACAAGUUUUGAGGCAUCAAGCUUCCAUCAAACAAGAGAUUAAGAAUAAUAAAGACUAUAUGAUAAUGUCGUUACCGACGUCGCCUGUAAACAAGUCUUAUAUGACCACAACAGCAAUUCACAAUUUCAGUGAAGAUAGCAACAAUAACAACAGCAAGGGUCUUAAACUUUCUGCGUGUACUAGCUCAGAGAAUAUUGGGUCUUGUUUUGCAAAUAAGAAACCAAAGCUUCAAGUACCUUCUCUUUAUCCUUCAUCACAAUCUACUCUCAAGCUUACAUUGGUGAGAAAGGAGAAACUUGGAGGCAGAAUCGCAGCUCUUCAUCAGCUAGUAUCACCAUAUGGCAAGACUGACACAGCAUCUGUCUUGUCGGAGGCUAUUGGAUACAUUAGAUUUCUCCACAGUCAAGUUGAGGUUCUUAGUGUACCAUACUUCGGGACUGCGUCGAGAAAUAAUAUGAUGCACCAACAUGCACGAGGAGAUAUGAACGGUUUAUUCCCUAAGGACCCUGGUCAGCUUGAGAAGGAGAAUUGCAUGCAAAGAUCAAAAGGAGCUUCAUCAUCAUCUACGGACAAAUCAAACCUUAACGACGAAACUAAGAAAGAUUUGAAAAGCAGAGGACUGUAUCUUGUCCCAAUUUCAAGCACACUCCAAGUUGGCAGCUACAAUGCCGUCGACUACUGGCCUCCGGCUUUUGGAAUCACUUUCCAGUAA